AUGCAGCAUUUUCUGCUGAGCAUAAUCAUCCUUAUUGAAGCAUUACCCGUCGCUGGAAUAUGGAAAAAAUAUAAGUCAACUGGGAAGAGAUGGAAUCUCUGGGAUGAGGACUACCCGUGGAAAACCGAAAACAGGAAAAUCGAAAACAAUGUCAUUGACGAAGACUAUGACGCGUGGUUCCAGAGAAUGGAGAAAUACAUGAAGGACUUGGGCGAUGGAAAGUAUAGGUUUUUCGAUCAGCAUUUAAGUGUUAUUUUGGGUGAUAAUGGUGUGAUAUACUAUGAUGAUGGCACUGAUUAUGGUGACUAUUAUGAGCAAUUUGAUAAUGAGUUGAAGUAA